CGGUUGCCGGCACUGAGGAGCGAGUCGCGCUGCAGUGGAGGAGAGAGCGGCAGCGGCGGCUUGGCCGGAGCCCCAGAAUAGUUACUUUUUUAACGUUUGAAAUGUGUGCUUUUUACUUAGACAAGACGUGGCUCGGUUCAAGACGCCUCACUUCGUGAAUACUGUGUUUCUGAACUGAAAUUGUGGUCUGAAUGAGGCGGAAUGGCCGCGGUGCCGUCAGGGCCUAGCGGCGCGCUGCCCGCAUCCCCGGCCGAGAUUUGUCUCUUCCCCGGGGACGGGUGCGCUCUGCCUGGGGACAGGGAGGCACUCGAGUGGGAGCUGAAGGACGUGGUUAUAUCCGACACUGGCCAAGAAGAAGAGGUCACUGGGCGCAAGGUGGAACGAAAGAACAACCAGACCUACAGGUUUUCGGAGGUUCACCCCCACUGCCAGGCUUUAGAGCAGCAGGUUAACGGCUUAAAUUGUAUCGGACACGCCAGGUUUCCCCACAGCAGCACCGAGCCGGUCAGCCGCGAGGAGCCGAAACCGACCAUGGAGCUCCGGGACAGCCGUGUAGGAUCUGCGGACAGCUACAGCGACAGGCUGUGCUUUCCUCGCCAUGAUAUGAACACGAACGGGGACAGCAGCAUUCACGGAAUGCUUACUUUAUCCAGAACUGAGACUUGUCAGAGUCGCACGAGUGAUGUGUAUGGUAAAGAGGUCGGGGUGAGCGCAGCGGAUCGGCCCAGGCCUGAGGAAGGGGCCCAGUUGACAGGUCAGACUGUGGGUGAUGGACCACUGGAGCAGCUGUCCAGGUUAGACUUGAACCACUCGCCCUCCAGAGAAACGGGGCGAAGUCAGGAAAUUAAAUAUGUACGUUAUGAGUCUGAGCUUCAGAUGCCAGGCAUAAUGAGACUCAUAACCAAGGACCUGUCCGAGCCUUACUCCAUAUAUACUUACCGGUACUUUAUCCACAACUGGCCGCAGCUCUGCUUUCUGGCUAUGGUAGAAGAGGAGUGCGUUGGGGCUAUUGUGUGUAAGCUAGACAUGCACAAGAAGAUGUUCCGGCGUGGGUACAUCGCCAUGCUUGCUGUGGACUCCAAACAUCGCCGAAAAAGCAUAGGUACGAACCUUGUAAAGAAGGCCAUCUAUGCUAUGGUGGAAGGAGACUGUGAUGAGGUGGUGUUGGAAACGGAGAUCACGAACAAAUCCGCCCUGAAGCUAUACGAGAACUUGGGCUUUGUGAGAGACAAAAGGCUCUUCAGAUAUUAUCUCAAUGGGGUGGAUGCAUUGAGGCUCAAACUGUGGUUACGCUAAGCUCUGUCCAGUCUCUUUUACUUCAACAUGGUUCAGUCAAACCCAGACUCCACUAAUUCUGUAAGCCUUGGUGCAGAUACUCAAGGCUACAUUCAUUUGUCAUUGUUGGUCAAGCAAACUGAAGAACUAUGUUUUAUAGAUUUCCUUGAGUCCAGGGACGUUAGUGAAAGGAAAAGAUGGUUAAAAUAACUUUAAUGUAGAGGCUGAAGCCCUCUUGUAUGAGUGGAGGAGAGCCAAGGGAUCUAAAAAUUUAACUGAACAGCAGCUGAAUUAAAGAAGUAAUGCAAGAAAGGAUUGAGUUCUUGACAUUUUUGAGGUUUGUGUUUAACAUUGAACUGAGGCUUGGAGCAAGACCAUUUUGUUUCCUCAUGUCUGUGUCUAUACAGUGGCUUAGGGAUUUGAAUGCUGAGUGCAGAUUUGUUCUUUAUGUAGUCUGGUGUGGGUGCUUGCUUGCUGUGAGAGUUUGCUCUGAGUAAUUUAGUGUGUGGGGUAGUGAUGUGCAUAUUGGUGAAGCUGAUGUGUGAUUUGUGUAUGCAUAGGUGUGAAUGUGUGGCCUGGCAAUCAAGCUUUCACUUGGGAUUGCUCAGCAUGUUCAGUCUGACAUUAACACAAAUUGAGAGCCAUUUCUUAGGCCAUUUUUAGCCAUUAUGUUCUGAUGUUAUAAGUUACAGGGAUAGUUCAGCUCAUGCAUGAACAAUACAUGGACUGGAAAGCACAAAGACUAGUUGUCCACCUUGACACAGAUAAUACUCUUGUGUAUAAAUAGUUUAUAGUUUGAGUGAUGCCAGACUGAAAAUAUGGAAAGGAACAAGUUGAAAGAGCAGCUCCUGUCUGGCCAGGGUGGGUGUAGAUUCUGAGAAAUUCUGCUUGAAUGGAAUCCCCACUUUAAACAGUUGCUUUUUAUCCCUGCGAGUACGUGUUUGUUUUUUUAGGUCAGAGAUGGAAACAGUCUUGUGUAGUCAGGCUUCAACAGAAUACAGAUAGGCCUCCUAAACAUAAACUAAUACAAUAAUUAACCUUUGAGGAACAUAAGUGUUUGAUUUUUAUUUUUCCUCUAAAAUCUUUCUCUGUUUUCAUAAAACCUAACUAAAGAUGAUUUCAUGUGUAGUGUACAUAUGACUUUACUGUUUGGACAGCGAAAGCCUUCAAACAGUAAGAAAGAAUAGACUCGUAGUUCUUUGACUUCAAGAGGGACUUACUUGAUUAAUAAUAAAAGUAGUCCUUGAGAAACUACUAGGUUUUUUUUUGCAGGCCAGCUGCUUGAUAGCUAUUUUCUUAGGUCUUACAAAUGGUGUCUGUUCUAACUACUAAGUUUUAACAAAAAAAUUGCAAAACUUUCUAAGACAUGGAAUACUGAUCAAAGGAUUGACUGUUGACUCUUCAGAGUAGGGAUGCACCAAUUUCAUCAUGUCUACAGCCAAAUUGUCGUUUUCUGUCAGCCUUUUCUUGUAAAACACGAAGCUCACACAGAUUAACACAAACACUCUAGCAUGUUUCUUGCACUUAGUUAGCCAAAGUUGCAAUAUAAAUAAUGUUUUCUUUAUCUAUUUUCUUUAACCUGCAUACUACACUAUAAACAAUUGUGCACCUUUUUAAAGUAAAAAAAAAAAACAAUUAAAAAAUUUUGAGUUAAUUGAACUUGUAUUAUUAGCAAAAGAAUAAUUUGCUUUAUGUUGUUUUUUACAGGGUAGCGUUGAUGGUGUGAGUGCAUUUUUCUGGCUCACAUUAUUUACAUCAUGAAAUUGCAACACAGAUCGGCCAAAAUAAAAAGGAAGUUGUGUAAUUGCUGAUUGUGUGCUUAAAAUAGAAAUCUGCCAAUUCCAAAUGUCCACGAUUCCAAUUGCACAUCCCUGCUUCAGAGGAUUAACCACGUUUUGACACAAAAAAACAGUCUAUCCACAUAAGCUGCGGAUAGCGUGUAAAAGGCUUUCUUGAUCUGACACUGAUUACAACUUUCAAAUACACCCAAUUAUGUCAUUCACUGGAACUCAGUCAGAAGUAUGAGUGGAAGUUAGUUUAGUGGAAUUUAAGGUAGUAUUCAGUUUAGCAUAUAUUUGUGUCUUAUGCCAGUAGUUAUUCUAAUUGUGCAAGAGUGUCCCUCUCUGACAGCAAGAUGAGCUUGUUAUGGUCUCACCUUGUUAAGUAUUAUCUUUUUUUUUUUUUCCUUCACAGGAAAGCCACACUUACAAAAUCUUGGGAAGAUUCUAAGGUCGUAAAUUUAAAGCUGGUUUGAUGGCAACUUACUUUGGUACUUACAAAAAUGCUAUUAGCAGUGCUGCUUUUGACGAAGGGUAUAGGGGGACAGAAAUUCUGCGAACUUGCUACGUCAAACCCAUAUUGACAAACCAUAAUAGUUUAGAACACAAUCAAAUCUAGAAAAUUCUUCCCCAGCCCAGAUUCUGUAAGGGAGAGGAAAUUGGGGCACAGUAUAGUUUUAAAGCAUUUAAUUGUGGCACGCAAAAGUAUGCAUUUAUUUUUUGUUUUUAUUCAAGAGUAUAUGGUAAUGUGUUCUAUUGCACUUUGAUUCAAUGCUGCUGGUGUAUGUAUCUAUGUGCAUGUCUGUGUGGUUGUCUAUUGGGGUUUGUCUCCUGGAUGCUGGGUAACGACACCUCACCAUGUGCUUGUGGAAGCAAUCAGAGUCCAAACUGCUCUCCAGACUCAAAAAUGCAGUGCUACUACUUAAAACAUUGGGAGAAGGAGUUAGGGGCCAGUCACUGUGCCAUAUUGUGAAGAGC